AAAAUUUUGAAUUUUUGACGCCAAUUUCUCCGUUCCUAUUUGUUUCUGUACAAAAUCCUUUAUAGUAUGAACGUGUCCUCUAAUGGUCAACAAUUGCUGCAAGUUUCAUCAAAUUCGGAGGUAGGGGCUAUUCGAAAGUUGAGCCAAUAUUUAUAAUAUGUCCGUAAAUUUACAUAAUAAACAUAUAUACAUACAUUUUUUAGAAGAACAAUGGAAGUUUCUGAUUACCUUAACUGACGAGUUUUAUCCCAUUGGAAAAGCUUGGGGAUUCUUUUUUCCCGUAAUAUCCAUCCGUCAUUCGAAUGGUUUAGAGACAAUAUUAAGCAGCACAAAACAUAUCAAAAAGAGUCUUCUUUAUGAUGUUUUACAACCUUGGUUCGGUACAGGUCUUCUCACUAGUGGAGAAAGUUCGAUAUUAGCAAUAACGCAGCCACGGCUGACCGGUCGCACAAACAAAGUCAAGCAACCCGCUCUCUCACACAAAGGAAAGAUUCAUGCUAUAAACAUUGCGGUCGCAAACAAGUAACGAUCACUUCGGGUCGUCACGUGAAAACGUCAGCUCGAUGACGUAGGCCGCCGAUGGCCAAUCAUCCUCCCGAAAAUAUUGGUAAUCUGCCUGGAGGGAGCCUCGUCUCGAAGGUGAUAAAAGAUCACCGCUGCGCCGCGGAAUCGAUUCUCGUUCGCAGAUCACCCCCCAAGUAUAUCUAUACGACCGCUUAUACACC